AUGUAUUCAUAUAGCCCCGUAGAGUCUGAUCUAAGAGACGGGAAUGAGAGUAGGACAAUAUCAAUUAGAAAUAACAACAGAAGGAAUGAUCCUAAUGGAACUCAUUUGGUAUCGAUAUCAUAUGCUAGAGGAUAUGAUAACGAUAACGAUAAUGAGAUAACCGCUAGGGGAGGAGUACAAUAUUCAGAUAAUUUCGCCAUUGAUUCAGAUUUUGGUGGAAUGGAUUCAACGGAUGAUAAUGAUAAUGAUGAUAAUGAUAAUGACAAUGAAAUUGGUAAUGAAGAUGACGUAAGUUUUGAGGAAAGGGAUGAAAGUAUUACUACGGGUUUGAAUAGGAUUAAUUUAAUUUCCCACUUUUUCCAUGAAACCCAGAGUGGUUUGGGCAGGUACCAUUCCGAUAUCACCAAUGAUGAUUUACCUAGUGAAAUUAGAAACAUUUCUUAUCAACCUUUAAGAUUGAGGAGAUCUAAUGCCAUAAGGAGAGUUCCACAAAGAAUAAAUAAUUACCAUCUUUCACAAAUCAAUAAUGAUGAAGACCUCACCAGAAAUGAAGCUGAAGAGUUCGGGAACUAUCCUCAGUUCGAGAUCAAUAAGGUUUUGAAAGAGUUUAUGAACUGUUAUAAGAAGAUAUCAUUCGAGGAGAAUCCUAUUUUUGGAUGUUUCAAAGAACAUGUGUUCAGUAAGUGGAAUAAUUAUGAUUUAGACCAUAAGUUGAAUAAGUAUCUAAAAAUGACUAAUAAGGGAGAUAUCUUUAAGAAUGAAGUAACGAAAAGAAAGCAAGUAGAUAAGGGAAAUAACAAACGUAGGAAAAUUGGACCUAAAUCAAAGGAAGUUGUAAGAGAACGCAAGGAAGAAGAAAAGGGAGAUGAGGAAGGUGAAGAAGAAACAAUAGUCCAUCAUGAUCAUCAACGAGAGAAAUUAUUCAAAUUGAAAUUUAGUUCAUAUUUCAAGAGAGGUUCAAGUUAUGACUAUGAUUACCUUAAUAUAAUAGUUCAUCAAAUUGAUUAUAAAACAAGGAAGUUAUACUUAAAGAUGUCGAUAUUACCUACAUCGGAAGAUUUCGUUACUAAUUUUGAAGAUUUCUAUAAAGCCAUUAUGCCUACAACAUAUAAAAGUGAAAAGACCAAAUUAUUGGAGAAAUUAUUUGAUGAAGCUAGAAAUAAUCCCAAAGCAGAGGCCAUCUUUAAGAAAAGAGGCAUGGGAUUCUUGAUACCCGGAGAAAUGAUAGACUUCAAAAAUAAUGAUUUAAGAUAUAUGAGUAAAGAGUUUCAUGAAUUCAAAAACUUGCAUUUGGUCAAAAUCACUAAUUCUGACAUCAAAUUACAAAUUCUUAAAUGGUUCAAAAUCCCACCUUUCCAUGAUUUGAAAAAAAUCAUAUUUUUAAAGUUUUUGAAAUUCAUUUUAGCUCAAGACAUACCCAAUUUAAAUAAGUAUUUAUCCUUACUUGGAUUCUUGGAUAAUUAUAACUUAACCACAUUGAAUUUAACUCCUCAACAAUUUGAAAUCAUCACCAAAUUAAGGUCUAUAAGCCAAAAACUCAAUCAAGUUAAAUUAUAUUCAAGAAUCGAUUACUACAAGAAGAUUUGGCAGAGUAAAAUUACCAAUCAUUUCAUUCACUUCUUAACCUGUGAAAAGAAUUGUAUUAUCAACUUACUUUUGAAUUAUAACCUUUUCCAUUUAUCUAUUGCUACCGACAAGUUUCUUGAACAAUCGAUAAAUCAGUUUUUGCAAUUUUUACCUAAAACAAAAUUAAAGUAUGAAUUUGAAGAAUUAAAAACCAAAAGUCUCAAAGAAGAUAAACCUAUUAGUUUGAUAGGAUCAUUAAAUAGGAAAAACGGCGAUUUAAAUAUUGCCAGUACUGGAAUGUUGAUUGAUAACUCAACCAACCUAAUCAAAGCGGAAUUCACUCGUAGAAACAAAAAUGUUUAUAAUACUGGAGGUGGAGAUCAAGUAUUCGAGUUUACUUAA